CCUCCUCGCAGCGGGCGGCUCCGCAGCCCGGGUUCCCCGUUCCCAGAACCUUCUCCCGAGUUGGGAUCCAGACGCGCAGCCCAGCCUGGUGCGGGCCCCCGUGCGGCCCCGGCCUGCUCCCCGCCAUGGCCUCGACCGGCCCGGGCCCCCGGCUCCUGCUGCUGCUGCUCCUGCUGCUGCCGCCGCCUCCUGCGGCCUCCGCCUCCGACCGGCCUCGGGGCAGCAAGCCGGUCAACCCAGAGAGUCAGGCACGUGGCUGGGAAGUCUCAAGUACCCAUUCCUGGCUGACCUUAGAGAAGUUGCUGGUGAUCACCGUGGCCACCGCGGAAACAGAGGGAUACCGGCGUUUCUUGCAGUCUGCUGAGUACUUCAACUAUACUGUGCGGACCCUGGGCCUGGGAGAGGACUGGAGAGGGGGUGAUGUGGCUCGAACAGUUGGUGGAGGACAGAAGGUCAGAUGGCUAAAGAAAGAAAUGGAAAAGUAUGCAGACCAGGAAGACAUGGUCAUCAUGUUUGUAGACAGCUAUGAUGUGAUUCUGGCUGGCAGCCCCUCAGAGCUGCUAAAGAAGUUCAUCCAGAGUGGCAGCCGAUUGCUGUUCUCUGCAGAAGGCUUCUGCUGGCCUGAGUGGGGGUUGGCAGAGCAGUAUCCUGAGGUGGGCACGGGCAAGCGCUUCCUCAACUCCGGUGGAUUCAUUGGCUUCGCCCCCACUAUCCACCAAAUCGUCCGCCAGUGGAAGUACAAGGACGAUGAUGAUGAUCAGCUGUUCUAUACGAGGCUCUAUCUGGACCCCGGGCUGAGGGAGAAACUCAGCCUUAAUCUGGAUCAUAAGUCCCGGAUCUUCCAGAACCUCAAUGGGGCUUUAGACGAGGUGGUUCUAAAGUUCGAUCGGAAUCGUGUGCGCAUCCGGAACGUGGCCUAUGACACACUCCCCGUCGUGGUCCAUGGAAAUGGUCCCACUAAGCUGCAGCUGAACUACCUGGGAAACUAUGUCCCCAAUGGCUGGACUCCCCAGGGAGGCUGUGGAUUCUGCAACCGGGACCGGAGGACACUCCCGGGGGGGCAGCCUCCCCCCCGGGUGCUGCUGGCCGUGUUUGUGGAACAGCCCACCCCGUUCCUGCCCCGCUUCCUGCAGCGGCUGCUGCUCCUGGACUACCCCCCUGACAGGAUCACCCUCUUUCUGCACAACAACGAGGUAUACCAUGAGCCGCACAUCGCGGACUCCUGGCAUCAGCUCCAGGACCACUUCUCAGCUGUGAAGCUGGUGGGGCCAGAAGAGGCCCUGAGCCCAGGCGAGGCCAGGGACAUGGCCAUGGACACUUGUCGGCAGGACCCUGAGUGUGAAUUCUACUUCAGUCUGGAUGCCGAUGCCGUCCUCACCAACAUGCAGACCCUGCGCAUCCUCAUCGAGCAGAACAGGAAGGUGAUCGCCCCCAUGCUGUCCCGCCAUGGCAAGCUGUGGUCCAACUUCUGGGGGGCCCUGAGCCCCGAUGAGUACUACGCCCGCUCCGAGGACUACGUGGAGCUUGUGCAGCGGAAGCGCAUGGGCGUGUGGAACGUGCCCUACAUAUCCCAGGCAUAUGUGAUCCGUGGGGAAACCCUGAGGACAGAGCUGCCCGAGAGGGAGGUGUUUUCGGGCAGUGACACUGACCCGGACAUGGCCUUCUGUAAGAGCCUGCGAGACAAGGGCAUCUUCCUCCACCUCAGCAAUCAGCACGAGUUUGGCCGGCUGCUGGCCACCUCCCGCUACGACACUGACCACCUGCAUCCCGACCUCUGGCAGAUCUUCGACAACCCCGUCGACUGGAGGGAGCAGUACAUUCACGAGAACUACAGCCGGGCGCUGGACGGGGAGGGGCUGGUGGAACAGCCCUGUCCCCCUCUGCAGCCAUGCCCGGAUGUCUACUGGUUCCCACUGCUGUCAGAGCAAAUGUGUGAUGAGCUGGUGGAGGAGAUGGAGAGCUAUGGCCAGUGGUCGGGAGGCCGGCACGAGGAUUCAAGGCUGGCUGGGGGCUAUGAGAACGUCCCCACCGUGGACAUCCACAUGAAGCAGGUGGGCUACGAGGACCAGUGGCUGCAGCUGCUGAGGACGUACGUGGGACCCAUGACUGAGAGCCUGUUCCCUGGCUACCACACCAAGACCCGGGCAGUAAUGAACUUCGUGGUCCGCUACCGGCCGGAUGAGCAGCCCUCUCUGCGGCCACACCACGACUCAUCCACCUUCACCCUCAAUGUCGCCCUCAACCACAAAGGCCUGGACUAUGAGGGAGGUGGCUGCCGCUUCCUGCGCUAUGACUGUGUGAUCUCAUCCCCGAGAAAGGGCUGGGGACUCCUGCACCCUGGCCGCCUCACCCACUACCACGAGGGGCUGCCCACGACACGCGGCACUCGCUACAUCAUGGUGUCCUUUGUCGACCCCUGACGCUUAGCCACUCUGCCAAGCCUUCCCUGCCACCGUGCCUUGGGGGGCCUGCCCCCCCAAUCCUUGGAGAGGUGGCUCUGCCCAUCUCCUCUCUUCCUGAGUAUGUCCCUUGCGCCUGGGACAGAAUGUGUCACCUCACCCCACCCAAGGCCCUCUCAGGAAGCCCCUGGAGCCCCACUCCACUCUGCAGCCCCCGGGGCUCAUGGGAAAGGGUUCCUGGAGUCCCCAUGUGAUAAAUUAUUAAGGUUUCUCAGCCCCCUCCCAGUAAAGGAGGAUUUGUAAC